AUGGCUCUCCCAUCUGUGAUGGUGUUGCCCCUGCUGGUGGUUGCUUUUGCUGGAAUCUAUUAUAUUUACAAUGAGGUCAUCCGGUUCAUGUCCAAGUCCAUGGUGCGGAAUAAGGUGAUCGUGAUAACAGAUGCGGUGUCGGGAAUGGGAAACGAAUGUGCCCGACUCUUCCACAAGGGUGGGGCGAGGCUGGUGCUUUGCGGACCGAGCUGGGACAAAUUAGAAUCUCUUCAAGAUUCCCUAUGCAGCGGCGCAGACCCCAGUGUGACCUUCACACCCAAGCUGGUGCUGCUGGAUUUCAGUGAUAUGGACAGCAUGUCGGACGUGAUCACAGAGAUUGCCGAGUGCUAUGGCUGUGUGGAUGUCCUGAUAUUCAAUGCUAGCAUGAAGGUCAAAGCCCCUGUACAAAACCUCUCUCUGGAGAUGGACAAAACUAUCAUGGAUGUCAAUUAUUUUGGGCCCAUCACUCUGGCAAAAGGUAUUUUGCCGUCAAUGAUAACAAGAAGAACAGGACACUUUUUACUGGUCAAUAGCAUACAAGGGAGAUUGGCUGUCCCAUUCCGGACUUCCUAUGCGGCCUCCAAACAUGCAGUUCAGGCCUUUUUUGAUUGCCUGAGGGCCGAAGUGGAGGAGUAUGGGAUCUCCGUCAGCACCAUCAGCCACACCUUCAUCAACGCUAAGCCACAUGAGACCCCCGGUUCCUCCGCCAAGCCCACAAAUACCUUCUGGGCAUACAUUUACAGAAAGCUAACCCACGGAGUGAGCCCGCGGGAUCUGGCCGAUGAAAUUGUGAGAAUGGUGAACAGGAAGAGGAGAGAGGUCCUCCUGGCACAUCCUAUCCCCUGGGCUGCCCUCUACAUCCGCUCCCUGGUCCCAAGCUUCUUCUUCGCCGUGGUUGCUGCAGGGGUGAAGGAUGGGCCCAUGGCUGAGCAGCUGAAGUAG